AUGUCAAAACAUGUUCCUAAAUGCCUGCUUGCCUCGACCGAUAUGAUAUAUAUUGCCACCGAAAAGUUGAGGCGCUCGCCCUUUGACGGAUCAUUCUUUGUUGUCCGGUUAGACAGAGUGCCAUGUACCACAAAGCCCAGGGGAGGCUGUGAAAUCCAACUUGCCCCUGAGGAUUCUACUGGGUAUAUAGUUGUACUUGAAGCACCCCGCUUCACUGUCCAUGGCCGCAACUCUGGCUCCGGAUUCGGGGAGAAAGAGAAUGGAAAGAAGAAAAGAAGAAACCGUGUUGGCAUAUCUAUUGUGUCAAGAGUACAACAUGAAGCGUUUUCUGGCGGAACUGUCAACUGCACAAAUUGCGGCAGCAAACAGCAAGAUUCAGGCUGGUAUUGGCUAUUUAGAUGUACCGGCUACGAUCUCUCUAACUCUAUAUUUUCUCCCGAUGGCAGGAAUUUCCAGGUCGAAUACGCAGUGAAAGCUGUAGAGAAUGGCGGCACGUCUAUAGGAAUUAGAUGCAAAGAUGGCGUCGUCCUGGCUGUCGAGAAAAUCAUAUCGUCUAAACUGCUCAAACCGGGCGCCAAUAAACGCAUAGCUACAGUCGACAGGCAUAUUGGAAUUGUAUCCUCAGGCCUUCUCCCCGACGGCCGACAUUUCGUAUCCAGAGCUAGAGACGAGGCUGAUAACUGGAGAAUUACAUACAAAGGUCCCAUAUCCACACAUGUCCUUGCUAGCAGAUUAGGUGGAUAUGCUCAGGCGUAUACCCUGUACUCCUCUGUGCGGCCCUUUGGCGUCACCUCCAUCAUUGGCGGGUGGGAUUCGGAGCUAGAGCUCCCCGUGGACGGGGAGGUAGGAGCUGGUCCCAAGUCUGGUGCUGGUGGGAAGGUUGCGAGUGCGAAGGCUGGCGGGCCCGGAUUGUAUAUGAUUGAGCCGAGUGGGCUUUACUGGGGCUACUACGGUGCCGCCACAGGUAAGGGCCGCCAAGCUGCCAAAGCCGAGCUGGAGAAACUUGACCUGGCCUCGGGCAACUUCACGCUGCUACAAGGUGUCAAGGAGGCCGCCCGCAUCAUAUAUGUCGCCCAUGAGGAUAGCAAGGAUAAGGAUUUUGAGCUGGAAAUGACGUGGAUUAGUGCUAUGGAUGGGCCAACGAAGGGCCGCCAUGAGGAGGUGCCGAAGGCAUUGCUUGAGGAAGCUAUCCGGGAAGCUAAACAGGCUAUGGAGGGGGAUGAUGAGGAUGACGAAGAGGAAAAACAAGGGGAGGGCGAAGGGGAUAAGAUGGAGGAGUAG